CCUAUACUAUUCUAUAAUUUCAAUCUUAGUUAUGUUGUUUUCGUUUUCACGUGAAAGAUUAGUGAUGUAGUUUAAUUUCGUGAUCCUAGAUGAUUGUGUACAUAAAUUGAUUUCAAAUUAAGUAUAAAUAAGGGUAGAUCUUUAUUUUUCAUUUGCAUUUAUUAUUAAAUUCCUUGUUUUCAAAAUAGUCAUCUUCGUAUCAAAUAGCUAUGGAUGAUCAAAAAGAAGAAUCAUCUAGCAGAUCUAGUACUAGUAUCUUCGAAUCUUUACAACAUUUUAACACGCUGUAUAGGGAACAAAUACAGAAACCAGACGAUUCAUAUGAUGGGCUUAAGGCGAGAGUGAGGGUGUUACAGAAGUGGGUCAAAGACCUCACGGACCAGAACGAUCUGCUUGUUAAGACGGUGGAAGAACUGGAAACUGAUGCUCUGCAACGUCUCACACUCCUGGAGGCCAAUAUUACAGACAAUCAAAAUCCCCAAAUUUCUUCAUGUAAUUUGUCCACAAAGGGAUUAGACCAAGUAGAGGGCCUCCGGCAGGAGUUGGAGGAUGUCAAAAAGCAGUUGUCAGAAAAGGAGAAACUAGUUGCCAAGUACCAGAACCGCAUCAUAGAGCUAAGAGGGAGCAUUGAGAAGGACAGAUCUUCUGACGAACAAGUAUUUGUCCAGAGAAAUGUCGUCAGUGAACUUCGUGAAUUUAAUUUCGACCAGGAACAGCAAUCUCAUUCAUCAGUUAAAAAAGAAGUGAGUUUUCUUCAAAACUGUAUUUUUAACAGACAUUUCUACU